AUGAAGGUCAUCGUCACAGGCGCCACGGGCACCGCAGGCCGGGGCAUCACCAAGGCCUGCCUCGCCGACCCCCGAAUCACAAAGGUCGUCAUCCUCGCCCGCAGGGCCGUGGCCGGCGAGGUCGAGAGCCACCCCAAGACCGAGGUCAUCAUGCAUCAUGACUUCUCGCACUACCCCGACGAGCUGAUGGAGAGACUUGUGGGAGCCGAGGCCUGUCUAUGGGCAGUUGGCGGCCAGUCCGACGAGCCCACGGAUGACAUAUACAAGAGCCUCAAGGCCGACAUCGACCUGACCCUCGCGGGCGCCAAGGUCAUGUGCACCCGCCUCGCGCCCAGGACGCCGCCGGGCCGCAAGUUCCGCUUCGUCCUGUGCAGCAGCGGCGGCGGUCGCGGCGGGAGCAGGUGCGGCCGGGAGCAGAGGAAGCCGCUGCUCUUCCUGUACGACCCGCGCAAGGCCAGGGGCGCCGCCGUCGAGAGGGCGCUGUGCGACCUCGAGGACGCGUACGGCGCCGACCGGUUCGAGGUGCUCAUCGCGCGGCCAGGCGGGCUGACGGCGGCGGCACCGAGCGCGAGGGCGCCCAAGAGGCUCAUGCUGUUUGGGCAGCUGUCCGGACAUGGGAUCGGGACGCUGCAGCUGGGCAGGGCGAUGGUGCGGCUGGCGGCGGAGGGGUGGAAGGAUAAGAUUGUUGAGAACGACGUGCUGCUGAAGAUGUGA